AUGCCAAAAGUACUGGGUUAUACGCCGGACUGGCUCAGCCGACCGAACCCAGGCUAUCAUCUGUUUGCGCCAAAGCAGACAAACGGGAAUGGAGUCGCAGCGAAGAAGCAGGAACCAGGACCGCGAAAGACGAUCGCAACGAGGGGAUCGGAGAUCUUUGUCGCUGUUGGAAACGAAAUACGAUGGGCAGACUUGGUCAACCUCAAGGAAGAGCAACAGCCCGCAUACCGAACACUCAGAGUCUCGAUACCACUCCCGAUCACGCGUCUCGUCAUUUCGCCCGAAGAAGACUACCUCACCGUCUCCACCUCGCAUACGGUACACGUAAUACACCUUCCCGACUCGUCGCUGCUCGGAGCUGGAGAGGACGACGGCCCGUUGAAGCCAAAGGCCUUCCAGUUGGGACCGACCGUACACGUUCUCGAAGAGUCGCCCGUCGCAACAACACUAUGGCAUCCAUUGGGCUAUCACGGGCGCUGUCUAGUCACCAUCACAAAGGCGGGCGUAGUCAGGCUGUGGGAGAUCAACCGCGCCGACAGGUCUACCUUCAGUGAGCCAUCGCUCUCCAUCGAUCUGCCCAAACUCGCAAACGCUACCAGCGACCAGGACGAUCUGAGCGCCUCCAAAUUCGGAGCUUCCAAGGGCUUCUCUCCCGACUCAGUCGAGCUGGAAGUUGCAUCGGCAUGCUUUGGCGACUUCCCAGACCAAGAAGGUGUCCAUGGCUGGGCGCCGAUGACAUUGUGGAUCGCGACGGUACUUGGAGACGUAUACGCGCUCUGUCCUUUGCUACCGAGCAAGUGGCAGUUGGUCGAGUCGCCCGGCAGCCACACAUUCCUCCAAACCCUUACCUCCUCCAUCAACAUCAACUACGCCGAGCUCUCAGAAGACGAGACAUCGCCCAAAGACGAGUUGAAAACAUCAGAGAAGCAGGUCUCAUGGCUGUCGGACAUCUUAUACGAGGAGCCUCUCGCAGAGGAGCGGGCGCAGGGUGACACAGUUCAGGUCUUCGCUCGCCCACACAGUGCGCCUGCGGUGCCGUUGCUACAGGGACCUUUCACUAUCUCGCCUGAAGUCGAUGAUUUUGAGCUUAGCGACAUGAUUGUUUUCUCCCUGAAGACCCUCUCCGAGAGCGAAGAAGAGGAGGCUGCAGAGGGUCUGCCGACCGCUGUCGUGUGCUUGCUCACCGAAACGAGCAAGGUACAUGUCUGUUUAGACCUUGAGGGCAUCGUUGGGCGAUGGCUGCCAUCACCGGAAGACGAGAUUGACACCACAGAACCAACCGAACACGAGCUGAUCAUUGCCGAAACAAUUACACUGGUGGAAAGCGAUGAACCCUCGUUCAACCAGAGCAUCACGCCAGAUGUGCACACCGACUUCUCAUUCUUCGUAUCACACGCCAGUGGGGUCUUCUACGUUUCAAUGGAGCCCUGGGUCAGGAAGCUGGAGACUGAGCUAUCCCAGCCACAGACCGAGGGCUCACCAUUCCGUAUCAAGCGCGUAUUGGAAUCGGCAAACACCUCCGUGGACCAAUACAUACAGCGACGCGUCACUGGCGAUGUGGACGAGCAAGAAGUCACCGCAGUCGCCGUUAUUGAAGACGGGAACGUCGGUUAUCUUCUUCUCACCACAGUUGACGGUGAACCCCAAGCUGCUCUGCUCGAUGCACCUGAAGAAGGUCUCCCUACCCAAGAAGAAAUUGCCGAAUACAUGGCAAUCACUGGCUCUAACAAGGAAGUGCGUCAAGCUUGGCAACCACCAAAAGAACUCUACGAACCGUUUGAUCUUUACAAUUCCAUCAACAUCCCCGCACGGCAUAGAGGUGCUCUCAAGGAUGAGAUUAGGCUAUCUCCUGCGAACCUGGGGCUUCUUAUGGAUGUUCACCGCGUACUCUCUGCGCAGACUUCCAAACUUCAACUUGCUGUCUCCGAUCUGUUCAACCGCGCGACGCGUCUGCAGGAAGAGUUCAGGGAUCAAAUCUACAGGACGUCUGGGAUAGCAGCAAACAUUGACAGUGUUACCGGUAACGAUCAAGUCGGCUCGGACAACGGAUCGACAUACGGCAGCGCCAACAUCGACGAGCGUUUGGAGAAGGUUACAGCGCGACAAGAUCAGAUCAACGCGCGUUACGAAGCUCUUCGACGAAAGAUGGUCAGCAUCGGCUCCAGUGAACUCAGCGAAAAGGAAAGCAACUGGAUCGAAGAGUUGCAGACAAUGGACAGCGCCAUUGAUCCUGCAAGCGAGACCUUGACCGACACUGUUGAUGGCAGCGAACGUCCGGCCUGGCAGCGUCUCAACAGGCUCAAGGAGGUACAGAAGGAGCAAGCGCAACAAAUCGAAGCUGCUAUGAGGAAUGCCAAGCAAGCAGGCGAACACGAGCAAGCGAGAGGUACCGGUGUCAAAGUACCGAGUUACUCGAGGAAGGCAGAGAAUGAGCAGGUGCAGGAGCUCAUACAGCGGAAUAGUAUGCUGGUUGAGGCUGCUACGGAUAAGUUGCGGAACUUGGGAGUCAAUAUCCCUGUGGAAAGUGGUAUUUAG